AUGUCAUCAGAGCAACAAGCAAAAGAUUUGAUUAACCAAGCUCAAAAGAAAUUGAACUCGUGGUCAUUUUUUGGGCCUUCCAAUAAAUAUGAAGAUGCAGCAGAAUUGUAUGAGAAAGCAGGAAAUAUGUUCAAACUAGCCCAGCAAUGGGGCAACGCCGGUGAUGCAUUCGUGGAAGCAGCUAAAUUGUUCCAACGCGGAAACAGUGCCAAAUUUGAAGGCUCAAGGGCCUAUGAUAAUGCUGCAAAAUGUUAUAAGCGGAGCGAUGUGUCAGCUGCUGUAUCUGCUUUAAAGGAGGCAGUUAUUCUUGAUCAAGAGGGCGGCAAUUUCAGAGCAGCUGCUAGACAUUACCAAGAUAUCGCAGAGUUAUGUGAAUCAGCUGAUUAUGAUAAACCAAAGGAAGCUUAUGAUGCUUAUACAAGAUCCGCAGAGCUCUAUAAUGCAGAUGAUUCACCAGCACUCGCAAAUAAAUGCUUGUUAAAAGUAGCCCAAAUCGCUGCCGAUAUGGAAAUGUACGAUGUGGCUAUUGAAAAAUACGAACAAGUGGCAGCUACAGCUGUUGAUGAUCCUUUACUUAAAUGGUCACUGAAAGAAUACUUUUUUAAGGCAGGCUUAUGCCAUUUAUGCACUGGUGAUAUGGUCAAAACGACUCAAGCACUUAGUAAUUAUUGUAAUAUGGACUUAUCAUUUGAAGCCUCUCGUGAAUACACAUUGUUGAGGGGAAUCAUAGAUUGUGUUGAUCAAGGCGAUGUGGACCAAUUCACACAAAUAGUGUACGAUUAUGAUAAGUUAAGUCGAUUGGAUCCUUGGAAGACAGCUGUUCUAUUGAAAAUCAAAAAAUCGAUGGAGUCAGAUGAAUUGCGUUAA